GUCCUCAUUCGCCCGACGUCGUGUCUCUAUUUAAGAUUUGAAAAACGGAGAAGUUUAUCUACCAGAACAGAACAAACGGAGCAAUUUACGGAAGGGACCCUUAAAACCCAGCCAAACCACAUACAGUUCCUCCUCAGAAUUCACCUACUCCAUACGUUGAAUAAAACAAGAUGGGGGGUGGGUUUAGAGUGCUUCAUCUUGUAAGACCGUUUCUUUCAUUUCUGCCUGAAGUUCAAACUGCUGACAAGAAAGUUCCCUUCAGAGAGAAGGUCAUAUACACUGUGAUCUCUCUUUUCAUCUUCUUGGUUUGUAGCCAGCUCCCUCUGUAUGGCAUACAUUCUACUACUGGUGCAGAUCCAUUCUAUUGGAUGCGUGUUAUCCUUGCCUCAAAUCGUGGGACUGUCAUGGAACUUGGAAUCACUCCCAUUGUGACGUCUGGACUGGUGAUACAACUUCUUGCUGGUUCUAAAAUCAUUGAAGUGGACAACAAUGUCCGCGAAGAUCGUGCCCUUCUAAAUGGUGCCCAAAAAUUGUUGGGUAUCUUGAUAGCUAUUGGCGAGGCAGUUGCCUAUGUUCUCUCUGGGAUGUAUGGUAGUGUCGGCCAGCUUGGAGUAGGAAAUGCCAUUCUCAUCAUCCUUCAGCUUUGCUUUGCUGGUAUCAUCGUCAUAUGUCUGGAUGAACUUCUUCAGAAAGGAUAUGGUCUCGGUUCUGGAAUUUCCCUCUUCAUAGCAACAAAUAUCUGUGAAAACAUAAUCUGGAAGGCAUUUAGCCCCACAACAAUUAACAGUGGCAGAGGUGCUGAGUUUGAAGGAGCUGUUAUUGCAUUUGUCCAUAAUCUUUUAACUCGAGAAAACAAGAUUCGUGCUCUCCGAGAAGCCUUUUAUCGACAGAAUCUACCAAACGUGACAAAUUUGCUUGCUACAGUCUUGAUUUUUCUAAUUGUUAUCUACUUCCAAGGGUUCCGUGUGGUUUUGCCUGUGAGGUCAAAGAAUGCCCGUGGACAGCAGGGUUCAUAUCCUAUCAAGCUGUUCUACACCUCUAACAUGCCCAUCAUUCUACAUUCUGCUCUUGUUUCAAACCUUUACUUUAUCUCUCAGUUACUGUACAGAAGGUACAGUGGAAACUUUUUUGUGAAUCUCUUGGGCAAGUGGAAGGAGUCUGAAUAUUCAAAUGGUCAAACCAUUCCUGUUGGUGGCCUCGCAUAUUAUAUCACUGCACCAUCAAGCUUAGCUGAGAUGGCUGCCAAUCCUUUCCAUGCGUUGUUCUAUCUUGUGUUUAUGUUGUCAGCAUGUGCAUUGUUCUCAAAAACUUGGAUUGAAGUCUCAGGAUCAUCUGCUAGAGAUGUUGCCAAGCAGCUCAGGGAACAACAAAUGGUUAUGCCUGGCCAUCGUGAGGGAAGCUUACAGAAAGAGCUAAACCGUUACAUUCCCACAGCUGCUGCAUUCGGAGGCAUGUGCAUUGGUGCACUCACAGUAUUGGCAGAUCUUAUGGGAGCAAUUGGGUCAGGGACGGGUAUUCUUCUGGCAGUCACAAUCAUCUAUCAGUAUUUCGAGACUUUUGAGAAGGAGAAGGCCAGUGAGCUUGGCUUCUUUGGAUUGUGAGCUAAGGCUUUGACUGGGGGGAUGCUUGUGCUUCUUAGCUUUCGCAAUUUUGGGUAAGCUGAGGGAUUCAUUUCGGGCCUACUUUUGACAACAGAGUUUACAAUUUAGUUAGUUCAAUAUGUUUUGUUUACACAUUUUGUUUGAGAAAUCACAGAAAAAGGGUAUUGCCUGAAAGCAGUGCUGCUUUUGUCUAGUAUACCUCGCAAUAUAUAAGUUUGUUCUAUGGUUGGACGCACAUGCAAUGACAACACUUCUUAUAACUUGUGUAUCUUUAGUUGCUUGAGGAGAAGCCUUUAGAACUUUGCCUUGGAGUGUGUUAGGUUCAUAUGUUAAAACUAUAUCAACCAUCAGUUUGAACAGCCUGGUAUUGAUUAGUUCUGUGUUUUGUCUCAUGGCUCGAAGCAAUAGCAUUGUGAACUUAUAUA